CAUCAAACCAUCAAUCCGGAGCAAUUCAAUCAGAGAAGAAAUGGCAACAGCUGUUGGCUAUCUAUCCUCUUCCUGCUUAUCCCUCCAGUCCAAGUUCAGUAAUCUUUCGCUCACUAACUCUUAUUCUCAACCCAGUUUCACGCCUCUCGGGUUCUCCUCUAAUCUCUCUCUCAAUGUCUUCUCCAAAGGGCAUUUGUCGAUGAACCCAGUUGAGAGGCCGAAUCGUCGUGCGAUUGUUUGCGAGGCUGCGCCAAAGAAAAAGGUUGAUUCGGCGGUAAAGAGAGCUCUCCAAGCCGAGAAAAGGCGCAUUUACAACAAAUCCAGGAAAUCUGAGGUCAAAACUCGCAUGAAGAAGGUUCUUGAAGCACUGGAUGCACUCAUGACAAAACCUGAUCCACAACCUAACGAGGUUCUUCCAAUCGAGAAACUGAUCGGAGAGGCAUACUCGGUGAUUGACAAAGCAAUCAGAGUGGGAACAUUGCACAGGAACACUGGAGCACGCAGAAAGUCUCGGCUUGCCAGAAGAAAGAAGGCUGUGGAGGUCCGUCAUGGCUGGUACACGCCUACUCCUGCAACAACUGCUUCAUAGAUCCCUCUUACUUGGUCACAUUAAAGUGUGGCAAAAGAGUCUGUUUCUGAUAUGUAGCAGAAUUGCAGAUGACAAUGUUAUUUUGUAAUAUCGAAAUUGUGGUUUCUUCUGAUGGAUAUAAUUGACACCCCUCUCGUAAAUCAUUGUGUAAUGCUGACUGCAACACUGUGUCUAGUAUUUUCUGCAUGUUUAAGGUCUUUGCUGGGUUUCAUAA